AUGUUGUCUGUAUCUCUUGCUUUACUGUCUCCUCUUCUUCCAGAAGCAGAUAAGUUCAAGAUGAAGUUGUUGGAGAACCAGAAUUUUGUGAGGAAAACGGGAGGGAUGUUGCCGGUGAAGUGUCUUUUACGUUUCAAGUGUGUCUCUAAGUUAUGGCUUCGAAUAAUUUCCGAUCCCGGCUUCGAAAAAUAUCAUUAUGAACGAACUGCUGCACGCACACAUAAGCUUCUGUCGAUACCUUCUUCUGCUUCUGAUGUUCGAUCCAUAGACCCAGAUGCAUCCCUUCACGACGAGUCUGUUUCCGCUGCAUUAAACCUUCACUUUCUACCACCCAACGCAGAAAUACUGUUAAAUCGCAGGUUCUUGUAUUUUCCAUUUCUCUAUGGUUUUGUGUACGACCCUUCCACAAAUGACCACAUGGUGGUUCUGUCCUGCAACUUUGGCUCAGAUGCUUCGGCAACCGGUGUGGAGGUUUUCUCGUUGAGAGCUAAUAUGUGGAUACAAACUGAGGCUUUGUAUUAUGGGAACGAUGUUCCUAAUAAUUUUAGAGUUGAGUCACUCUUGAAUGGGGCUAUUCAUUGGUUAAUUAGCUUUUUGUUAUGA